CACGACUUUAAGCAUAUAAAUGUUUGAUAUAGUUUUUGGACAUACAUCAUUUGCAUUUUUAGCACUCAAUUUUCUUCAAAACAAACCAAAAAGACCUAAAGAAUAUAAAUUUUAUUAAUUUUGCUAUAUAAUGGCAAAAGUACGAGCAGGAAAAUUAGAAAACACAAUAGAACAAUGUAGGAGUGAAGGAAAAUGGCAGAAAUCGAUAGAACUUGCGGAGGAAUUAAAGGCUUCAAGUCCAAAUCACGAGGCACUGUCGAAUUUUCUAAUCGGAGAAGGUAAAUUAGAGAGCUAUUUAGAGGAGAAUCCACCAGUUGAGACAAAUUUUGGAAAGGCACGAAUAGGAUUAGCCGAUGCAAAAAGAAUGUUAAUUUCAGUUUGUGGAGAAGAUGGACGGAAAGCAGGACUUGCUCUAGAUUCCCAUUUAUUACUUGCAAAACUUUAUUAUGCGUGCGGUGAAUUUGAAGACAGUUUAGAGCACUUUAAACUAUCGGAUAUUGACAGCUUAAAACAAGAAAUUACAUUAAGUGCAAGGACACUAAGAAUAUUAGCUGAAUCUUAUGCUGCAAAAGGACUUUGUAUUGAAGCAAAAACUCCAAAAGGUACAUCAAAAUUCAAAACUGCCGAAAUGGAAACUGAAAUGAUUAAUUGCUUUGAGCGAGCGGCUGACAUUGGACUGUUAUAUCUACAAAGUCAAGAAGGUCCAGCUAAUAUGGGUGCAAUUUUGGAAACAGCUCUUCAACGUUCACCAAUAGUUUUAAUUAAAUUAGAUAGAUUACAAGCUGCAAUUGAUCGUUAUCGCAGCAUGUUAAGUGCUGUCGAAACAAAAGCAACUCAAUCAUUACGUUUAACACUAGCACGUCAAUUGGCAGAAGUUCUCUUACGUGGAGUCUCAGGAACACUUUAUACGCCCCCAUUAAAUAAUAGCAGAAUGAAUACAAGUGGAGCAAAAAAAUUAUGGAUGCCAAGACGAUACACGACUCGAAAUCAAUUUAUUCCGAAAAACCAGCACGAAGAAACGUUAUUGUUGCUAUUAAUAGCUGAAGCACUAGCUAAUCGUGAUGCUGUUUUAUCACAAAGUCCAGAAUUUCGCAUAGCACGUUUACAUGCAUUAGGAAAUGUUACUGCCGUUUAUGACUUGUUGACAUUAGCUACAGUUCGAUGGGGUCAAAUAUCAUUUUUACACGAUUCGUUUGAAAAGGCAUUAAAAUUUUCAUUCAAUGAGCCACACAUAUGGAAACAAUAUGCAUUAAGUCUUAUUUCGUUGAGUCGAUACCAGCAUGCAUUAAAUGCAUUAAAAGACUCUUCAAAAUUAUCGCCAUGCGAUACUGUUCAGUUAUUAAUGUCUGCUAAAAUAUGCUAUGAGCAAUUAGGACUGAUUCGUGAAGGUCUACAAUUUUCAUAUGAAGCUUUAAGAAAAGAGACAAAAGGCAUGAGAUCACGAGCCAAUUUAUUCAUUGGCAUUGGAUUGCAGCAACUCGCCAUAACAACAACAUUAAAAUCUGAAAGAGAUUUGUUUAGUAGACAAGCAAUUGAGGCUUUCGAGAAAGCUGUUCAAAUUGAUCAAAAUGAUUAUUUAAGUGAAUAUUAUUUGGCACUACAGCAUGCCAUCAAUUAUAAUAUUACGGAAGCACUCGUUCACAUAAAAACAGCACUUAUGUUGAGAGCAGAACAUUCACAAAGUCUACAUCUAUUUGCUCUACUUUUAACUGCAAAUCAUCGACCAAAUGAAGCUAUGAGAAUCAUUGAAGAUGCUCUUGAUGAAUUUCCUGAUAAUAUUAAUUUGAUGCAUGUACGUGCUCAUCUUGAAUUGCACAUGAAAGGAUCAGAACAGGCUUUAAAUACACUUCAGAAAAUGAUUGGUCUUUGGAAAGACUUGUAUGAGUCACAAACUCAAGCAAUUAGUGGUAGUCUUAACGAAUUUCACGACGAUCGACAUUCAGAAACGAAAAGUGUUGUCCAAUAUCAACCGUCUCUAAUUUCUGACAAGGAUUCAAAUUCAAUUCAUCCAGCAUCAUUGGCAGCAUCACGAGUGGAUCAUGCAUUAAGCGAAGCCGCUAGUUCCUUAUCCUCAUUCACACCUCGUCCAGGAUCUCCUAAAGCAUGGUCAAUCCAAUUAAAAAUUUGGGUUUUACUUGCUGACAUAUAUCUUUCUUCGGAACUGCCAAACGAAGCUGAAAAUUGUAUUCAGGAAGCAAUGUCAAUUAAUCCCUUAUCACAUCACGUAAUGUACAUGAAAGGGAAAGCAAAUGUGUACUUAAAUCAAUGGCAGGAAGCAAAGCAAUGCUUUUUAAAUGCCGUCUCUGCAAAUCCACUAUUUCCUGAAGCUUUAAGAGCAUUAGGAGAAGCUCAUUAUUAUCUUGGAGAACCAAGACUCGCUGAAAAGUAUUUAAAAGAUGCAGCCAAAAUUGAUCCAAACUGCCCUAAUAUUUGGUAUACUCUUGGGAAAGUGAUGGAAAGUCUUGAUGAUUUUACAGCGUCUUCCGACUGUAUGGCAACAUCACUACAACUUGAACCGUCGUGUCCCGUUCUACCAUUCACAUCAAUUAAUUUAGCUUUUGAUUGAAACGAACCAUUCCAAAGAUUUUAAAACGGAAACAAACUCAUCUUAUUGCAAUAUUAUUUUAUUAAUUGGUGCCAUUAAAGGUUGCAAGAAAAAAAAAUUGUUGAAGGCAUUUGCUAGUUCGUUCCUUUUUUUUGUUUUUUAAUAAUCAUAAUAUAUUGUUGUUGUUUUUCUUCUCGUAAGAAUAUUGAGGUAUGGAACAUAUUCUCACUAAACUGUUAUACUAUUUAUAUAUAAAUUUUAUUCAUUAACGGUAUUUGAGGAACUUAAUCAAAGUUAAAAACGAAUCGCAACUUAACGUAUUAAACACAUUUAUUAUAAGUAUCGUAAAGGAUUUAUGACAUUAGCAUUUCAUUUUAAAGUUAUGAACAAUUAAUCCUAAUAAAGUUCAAGAGUUUUGAGUAAAACAUUCAAUAAAUAAUUCAUACAUGACUAGAUAGAAAAUAUGUAAAUAUUUAACCGUACCCGAAAAAAAUAAAGACAAAAGUAUUUAUUGAUGUGG